AUGACAAAUGGUAUUUUAGAUCAAAUACUCAAUCCUACGUCAUCCUAUUUCGAACCGACCUUCGAAAAUUUUGCUAAUCAAAUACCUGAACCUCAGGAAAAUUUCAAUAAUUACACAUUUCAACCACCAGUUCAGGAAAUCGAUUUAAAUCAACAGCCACCUCAGCAGCAACAAUCAAAUUUUUCCGUGUUCUCGAACAUUGCGGGGGCUUUUUCGAAAAUUGCAGGAAACGCGAACCAAAUUCCUGAAGAGGAUGUUAUUGUACCACCCCCAGCAGGAAUCGAGAGUUUGAUAAGUCAGGAAGUUGCGAAUGCUCCUCCUGUACCACUUUUUCCAGCCAACACAACAAGUAUUAUAACACCUGUACAGCCUACAACCAAUCAAGGUGACUUCUUACUUCUAAGAAUGGAUAUGUCUCCGACUGAUGUUGCCAGAGCCAUUUAUUUCAUUCAGGAUGGACGGUCACAGUAUUACGUGGCAAGUGUUUUAAACGUCACAAGAAGUAAAGUACAAAGGGCAACAUCAGUCGGAGACAUUUUUAAAAGUUCUGUAAAUAACUUCAGAAGGGCCACAGGCUUAAAGAGACCAACAUACGCCAAACCCCCGGAGUUGACAAGCCCUGCGCAACCCCCGCAAACAAACGUUUACACUCCCCCUCAACCUCCUGUCGCUUACUUCCAACCUCAACCUCCUCCAUCAAUAUCGCCAGCUGGGUCUUCGAGCUCGUAUCAAGACACCUCAGUGCCAUACCAAUUCAAACCAAUCGCACCAACGCCAAGCAUUCCAUCGCCGAUCUCGCAACCAACAACGCAAAAAUUUCCCUACACGAACAGCUUCGACAAUUUUUCGAGCCCCGUAAUGUCGGCCAUCCCUGCCAGCGAGAUGCAAUCGAAUCAGGCGCCGAUUUAUGCUCAGGGUGCUGAGAAUUACGCGCCACCUGCCGGCCAAAUUUACCGGCCAGUCUAUCAGCAUUGGUUCUACAAAAAAGAGAUUGAAGGGAAGAUCAUUUGGAAGCCUUUUUCCAUGGUCGAUUCACUUGCAUUGGAAAGCGCAUUUACUUCAAACGACUUGGAUCCAGAAAAAUUCAUUGCCACAGACGGCGGAAGAUUCGACGUUAACAUUCUAAGAAGACAGAGAAAGCCCGUGUAUUGGAAAGGCGAGCCCAGUGUAGUCCAACGUUGCUCUUGGUUCCACAAAGGCCAAACGGACGGCCGUUUUAUACCGUAUGACGAAAACGUCGCCACAAAAUUGGAGGAAGAGUUUAAAAUAGCAUUCGAGCAAAAUCAGUGGCAUCGCAAAGUCGAGUUGUCCGAUGGGGAGACCGUUGUAUUCCACGCACCGGACGUUUUGGUUUUGUUCCCGCCAACGCAAGCGCCUGACGCCUGGGGCAAUACGCAGACGCAGUCAAGAGCAAGACUUGUCAAAAGAGGCAUGGACGAGUUUGAUAUCGAUGAGGGAGAACCCGCUACAGUCGAUCAUGUUUUGUUUAUGGUGCACGGCAUUGGGUCGGUUUGCGAUCUUAAAUUCAGAACUGUAGAGGAAGUCGUUGACGAAUUCCGAAGCAUUGCCUUGCAAUUGGUGCAAUCUCACUACAAAUCAUCAUGUGAAAGAGGCAUUUCAAACAAAGUGGAAGUUCUUCCAAUCAGCUGGCAUGAUCGACUUCACUCUGAAGAGACCGGCAUCGAUAAACAAUUGAAAAACAUAACCCUGGAUAGCAUACCAAGGCUGCGUGACUUCACAAACGACACGCUCCUUGAUAUUCUAUUUUAUACAAGCCCUAUUUAUUGCCAAACAAUUAUAUCCACCGUCGGUAACGAGUUGAAUAGAGUCUACAACCUAUUCAAGCAAAGAAAUCCGUCGUUCAAGGGCGGCAUCUCAUUGGGCGGACAUAGUUUGGGUUCCUUGAUCCUCUUCGAUUUGCUGGGGCAUCAAAAAUCGCUGGAACCGGAGGUGGAGAAUCCAGAGGAAAUCCCUGGAGAUGAAGAUGUGGUUCCACCUUUGAAACCAUCGCCAGCUCAGAGGAAAAUGAGCCGACGAAUUAGUUAUAUGAUGGGGGCUAUUGGUACAGGUCAACCACAAAUACAUUACCCUCAAUUGGACUUCCAUCCAAAAGCCUUUUUCGCCUUGGGCUCACCCAUCGGAAUGUUCGUUACGAUAAGAGGUUUGGAUACUUUGGGGGUGCAGUUCUCUUUACCCACAUGCCCAGCUUUUUUCAAUAUUUUCCAUCCUUAUGAUCCAGUGGCUUACAGAGUGGAGUCUUUAGUGAAUCCUGACUUGUCCACAUUGAAACCUGUAUUAAUACCACAUCACAAAGGCCGCAAAAGAAUGCAUUUGGAAUUGAAGGAAACCAUGGCAAAAGUUGGGGCGGAUUUAAAACAAAAAGUUAUUGAAUCAAUGAAAAGUACUUGGAACUCUGUGUACCAACUAGCUAUGUUCCACAGGGCAGAUCAACCAGCUUCUUUGGAGGAAGAAGUAAAUAAGGCUUUCGAGGAACAAUUACAAGUAAACGAAGAACAGGAAGAAGAGUUACCACAAGAAAUAACAAAAUUACCUCUAGGUCAGUUAAAUAAUGGCAGAAGAAUUGAUUAUGUUCUCCAAGAAGCCCCCUUUGAGUUUAUAAACGAGUAUAUCUUCGCAUUAACCUCCCAUGUGGGUUAUUGGGAGUCAGAAGACACCAUCCUUCUCAUGCUGAAGGAAAUAUACACAUCCAUGGGGGUUACCACUGAUAGCCAAAUACCCCAACAAACAAUGACAAUAGAAAGACCUCCUCCAUCACCAAGAUCAAGCCCCAAAGCACAAGCUCAAACACAAUCAGGCAUGGACCCCACACAACCUAUUCAAGGUAGUAUUAAACUAGGGCCUCCACCCACUGCAGGUUUCAUGAGAAAAACAUAGUAUAUGCUGUUCGAAUGGCUGUACAAACCAGUAGCGCAACGAUACGCCCCUUAUUUACUAAGAACAUCAAAAGUAAGAAAAAAAAGGUACUAUGCUAAAUAAAGAUUUUAUAAAAAAGCCUUUUAUUGGGCUGUGAGUCAGAUUAGAUGAAUAUUUUUUUAUAUUUUAAUGUUUUAUUAUUUAUGAGUUUAACUGUAAGUUAUACAUAUUUAUAUUAUUGUUUUUUGUUAAUAAAAUAUUAUAAACA